CAACUGGCGGUCACUCGGUGGUGCCGUGCACAACCGUAGUGACAUUCUCCCCUCCUUGAGAAUGAACCCCCUCCUUCAUGGCUUCGUUCUCCCAAAUAGUUGCUUGAGGAUAGCGCCGGCGAAGUACGUCGUAGUCCUCCCAGGUAGUAGACGGGGGAACCGUGUCCCAAGCCACUUGAAGCUGAAUCACCGGUGCAUUGCCCUUCUUCAUCAUCCUUCUGUCCAAGAUUUCCACUGGCAGUGUUUCUUCAGUCGACAGAUCGGUAAUGACAGGAAGAUCCAACUUGUACGCCGAGGGUCCGAUGUUGGCGAUGACGGAGAAAGGGCCAAAGAACUUGAAUGCCAGCUUCGGACAGGGACAACUUGCUACCGAUUUUUGCACAUAUGGCUGAAGCUUCAGAAGAACUUGAUCCCCGACUUGAAACACCUGCUCGGUCCGGUUCCUGUCAGCAAACUUCUUGUGCUUGCUCUGCGCCCGUGUCAGACUGUACAGCAGGAAAUUCUGCAAUCAGAUAUUCAGUCCAAGGCGGAUAAAAGUCCUGUGACAGUAGCUGACUAUGGAUCUCAAGUAUUGGUAAGUCUUGCGUUAAAUAUGGAAGUAACUUCUGGUUCAUUUUCUAUGGUGGCCGAAGAGGACUCAGAAGACUUGAGAAAGGAUAACGCUGAAGAAAUUCUGGAACAUAUUACUGAUCUUGUAAAUGAAACUCUCGCUGAGAAUGGUUCAUACAACAUUACUUUAUCUAAGGAAGGUAUCCUCUCUGCAAUUGAUACUGGGAAGUCUGAAGGAGGUCCAUCUGGCCGACAUUGGGUUCUGGAUCCAAUUGAUGGGACUAAAGGUUUCUUGAGAGGAGGCCAAUAUGCAAUCGCACUGGCACUGCUUGAUGAGGGCAAAGUUGUUUUGGGCGUGUUGGGAUGUCCAAAUCUUCCUUUGACAUCAAUAAGCAACCUCAAUGGUAGCUCAUCAGGAGAUCAAACGGGGGCCCUCUUUUCAGCUACAAUUGGUUGUGGUGCUGAAGUAGAGUCAUUAGAGGGCUCUCCACCACAAAAGAUUAGUGUUUGUACCAUCGACAAUCCAGUGAAUGCCUCGUUUUUUGAAUCCUAUGAAGGAGCACACACAAUGCAUGAUUUAACUGGCUCUAUAGCGGAGAAACUUGGUGUCCAAGCUCCUCCAGUCAGAAUAGAUAGCCAAGCAAAAUAUGGUGCUCUGGCCUGUGGCGUUGGUGCCAUUUACUUGCGUUUUCCACACAAGGGUUAUAAGGAAAAGAUAUGGGAUCAUGCAGCUGGCGCAAUUGUCGUCACAGAAGCUGGAGGUGUAGUAACAGAUGCCUCAGGAAACGAUCUCGAUUUCUCGAAAGGGAGAUUUCUUGAUGUUGACACAGGCAUCAUUGCCACAAAUAAGCAGUUGAUGCCAUCACUGCUGAAGUCUGUCCAGGAGGCCAUCAAGGAGAAAAGCCAGGCCCCUUCCCCAUUGUAGAAGCUUCUUUGGUUUGAACCUUCCCUGUUGUAGUUGGAUUGAUCCAAAACAAUGAUCGCAAUGCCACACCUUAUUCACACUGUUUUAUGUGUAAAUGACCUUUUUGUUGGGACAAAUGCAAUCCUUGUUGUAUCACAUUUGUACAUCUAAGGAGUGGUGACAGCCAUGUCUUAAAUAAAAGAGGCAUUUGCCUGCAGUUAUAAAUA